GCCGACUAGAAAAAUCUUUGUACUACUGCCCGUAGUAGCGAUGCCACGUAAGCCUUACUACCGAGAUUUUUCCCAUCGCGGCUGCCGGCUGCUCUUAUCCGGGGGUCAUCUAAGAUGUGGUGGGCUCGGACACAAAACAAAACAUACUUGAGGGUAUAUAUGCAAAAGUGGCAUACCGCAGAUCGGACAAGGCUCGCCUGACGUGAGUGCCCUCCGGUCACUGACGCGUGGGCUUUCCCCGCAGGUCUACAGCUCACACAGACCAGCAAGAUGGCGGCGGGCGGCGGGUCCUCCGACGACGUCCCGAUCUUCCACGCGGAGAACCUCAUCAGCAACGUCAAAUCCAUCAACUACAGCCGGACAUUCUUGUCAAUCAUUAGUGGAGUUGUUGAUGGAAUCUGGGGGUUUACAGGAUUGAUGGGAUAUGUGUUCUACUUUCUUAUGAUGAUGGUUGCAUCUAUCGGGCUUUUGGUGAAGGCCAAAUUUUCUGUUCAUACCUACUUUGACAGUUGGAACAGGAUUAUAAUUGAAGGAGUUCUUGGGGGCAUUAUGUCCUUCGUGCUAUUUUCGACAUUUUCCUACGAUACUGUCCACAUCUUCUGAUGGGUGGAACAAAGAGCUCUUGGAAGGACUGAGGAACCGUGGAGUCCCCAUAUGAGACCGAAUUAAUAUGUAGUUGCAGCAACUCUGGGGGCUAUGCUCAGUAGACUACUGUCCCUUUCUUGUUCAUGUCUGCUGUACCAGUUACAACUUUGUAAUUUAGAAAGUUGUAAGGUUAUAAACUCUGAUUCGUACACUGAUGUAGCAAUGACCAUCUUCAAUGGUGUGCAAGCAUGGUGCUUGAUCUUCUUGAACAAUGACCAUGUGGAUGGUAUGCAAAUGGCGAUGAAACGGGCAUCUUAGCUGCCCCGGUCACUGAUGAACAUGCGGAAUAUCUGUAGUACUAAA